AUGGGUGUUACUGUUGAGAUGUAUCGAUCAAGGAUUGGCUCAUAUAACAAUUUCAUGCAAGCUAAAAAGUCUAAGUCUCAACUUACAAGUCAAUUUUGGAACCAAAUAUUGAUAAUGUUUUAUUUGAGUGUAUUCUACCUACCUUGCCUGAAAAACCUAGUGACUAAAAUUGAGAAAAAUAAUGAGGUUUGCAUGUGGUAUGCACAGAUGGUAUACUAUCAUGUUUUUCUACCAUUAUUAUUAAGACUUUCAAAUGACGUUGAGGAAAAUCCUGGUCCUAGAAAUAUUAAUGAAAUAGUUGACCGAACUUAUACAGUUCAUGCAGACUGUCAUCAAGGUAAUGCAUUGAUGUUUGGAUCCAAUGCUGGAAAACAAUGUGUUGCCAUGUCAUUAUGUUCUAUUGUAUACAAUGAAAUUAAAUCGGUUAACAUUUGGGACACAAUUAUGAACCAAAUUUUAGAUUAUGGGAACAAUUUAUAUGGCAUGAUUACUCGGAGUAUAAGUAAAGAUUUUUUGUUACUUACCGAUGUUCCUGAAUUUGUUGACAUUGAGGAUGACACGUUUUGUCUAGAAUAUAGUGAAUCUUUUUCAGGUGCAUUAUUCAUGUAUGUCAAUAAUGAUCCAUAUGUGACACUUGAGCAUGCUUUUAAUGAAAUAUUUUUUACUUCGAGUUAUAAAAGUUGUUUACUCACAAUCGGCAUGAAUACUGUUGCAAUUUUUAUGCCUUUUCCUGAUGUGUUUAAAAUUUUUGAUUCUCACUCACGAGAUCUUCAUGGGAUGCCAUAUGCAUCAGGUUAUGCUGUUUUAACUUCAGUUGAGGAAGUUGAAAAUGUUGUUGAAUAUUUUCAUUUAAUCUCAAACUCUUGUCAUCUUAAUUUGGGUAUACCAUUUGAGAUAAAGGGUUUUAAUUGUAGUAUAAGGAAUGAGUUGUCAAAUAAAAACUCUACAGAAUCCUUGCAAUUUGCAUGUUUUGAACGUGGAUCUUCAAUUUCCAAACAACAUAACACAAACAUGAUGGCUAGUAUUCAAGAAAAAAAGAGAGUUCAAAGAAAGAAUGAGUCUUCAGAACAGAGAGAGAAACGAUGGGCAAAAGCUAGGGAUUACAAAAAAAUAAACGAAGAUUUGAAAAAAAAAUCUGAAAAAUUAAAAAUCAAAAGACAAAAUGAGUCAAUAGAAAAAAAGAAAACUAGACUUGCAAAACAACGUGAUUACCAGCGAGCUUUAAGACAAAACGAGUCUCCAGAGCAAAGAGAAAAAAGGUUAGCUAAGGCUAGAUCUUAUAGAAAGUUAGUUAAAGAAACUAAAGGUCUCGAUGCAAAUAUGCCUGUGUCUAAGAAUAAUCGAUACCACAAUAUCGGUGAGAAUAUCGAACAGCUAAUAAGGAAUUUUCAUAAUUCUGUUUGUACAGGACCCCUAUAUAUAUGUACUUGUUGCGAUCAGUUGUGGUAUAAACACAGUGUCUGUCCUGCUGACCGAAUAAGGUUGGUCAACCCAGAUAUUGCUAAGUAUUUACAAAACAUUAAAAAGUGUCGAUAA